AUGUGCGUUUUCCCGGCUGGAAGGAGGACGGGAGGACGGGAGGACGGCGGCGGUAAACUCUUCCCUCAGUUCCGACCACUUCGGUAUAACGCGUUUGACAGCGGUACCACGUGCGUUAGGGGGCGUUUCACCUCUCUCAGCGCGUGCGUCUGCCUGGGGGGGGCGUGGCCUGCCCUCCUCCCGGACCCAGGCCUCCUUUCCCCCCCCCACUGUACUCCUUUCCCUCCCCGGCCCCGGAUGGUUCUGCUCCGGCGCGCCUCCGCCGCGCUGACCGCCGCCGUGGCCGCGCUGGGCUCCGCGCUCUUCCUCGCGCUCAGCCUCUUCUACCGCCGCAGGAUGUGGUCCCCGCACGCGGAGUACCGCGCGAUCAAAGAGGAGGAGGAGGAGCCCGGGAAGCGGCAGGUCCUGGUUCUGGGCCUGGACGGCGCGGGGAAGAGCAGCAUGCUACAGGGGUUAGCGCCCGGGCAGCGGGCGAAAACGGGCUGGUGUCGGCCAACAAGAGGCUUCAACUUCAUGAGCCUCAGCUGGACUUUGGAGCAGAUUCUGGAGGGAAAAGCGGACCUUGGGUUCCCUGAUAUGGCCUGUUGCCUCCCCUAUGUGGCGGUGCGUUCAGGGGCCGUGGGAAACCCGGGUUCUCUAUUCUGUUGUGCAGUCGGGGGCGGUGAGGACCUGCGGGGCUACUGGCGGGACUACCUGACCCGGGCCCACGUUCUGGUCUUCGUGGAAAAGCGGACCUUGGGUUCCCUGAUAUGGCCUCCCCUCUGUGGCGUCGGGGGCGGUGAGGACCUGCGGGGCUACUGGCGGGACUACCUGACCCGGGCCCACGUUCUGGUCUUCGUGGUGGACUCUGCGGACCAGAACCGGCUGCCGGCGGCCAGGGAGGAGCUGCACCGGCUGAUGGGGGCGGAGCCUCAGCUGCCCGUGGUCGUCCUCGGCAACAAGCAGGUACCACCCCGAGACCCGGUCUGGGGACCUAAUCUGACCCCCCAAGACCCGGUCUGGGGACCCAUUCAGACCCCCCCAAGACCCGGUCUGGGGACCCCAAAGGGACCCAGUCUGGGGACCCCCAAGACCCGGUCUGGGACCCCAAAGGGAUCCGACCCCCCCAAGACCCGGUCUGGGGACCCCAAAGGGACCCAGUCUGGGGACCCCCAAGACCCGGUCUGGGACCCCAAAGGGAUCCGGUCUGGGGACCUAAUUGACCCCCCAAGACCCGGUCUGGGGACCUAA